AUGAAAUUUACUCAAAAUUCCCAAAUCCGCUGCUUUGCUCACAUUUUGAACUUGGUUAUGAAGGCUAUAUUAAAGUCUCUAUGUGCUAGUUCGCAUAAAGAAGCCUGCGAUCUUCUUAAUGAUGUUGCUAAGCAGAGUUGGAAGAAGAUUAAGCGAAUACAGAAGUGGGAUAAUCGGCCUGACUGCACUAAAGCUAUCAACUACGACGUCGAUACUAGAUGGAACUCUACUUUUAUCAUGAUUGAGAGAGCUGAAGAGUGCCGUCGGCAGCUUGAAGAUACAGUCAAUGAUGAGCUAGAAAUUGAAGCCUUACGUCUUACAUCUGACGAUUGGAGGCAGCUCUCUGAUAUCAAGAAAAUUCUGGCUCCCUUUAACGAAUAUACUGAGUAUAUCUCUCGAGAUAGCCCUUCAAUUCAUAUGGCUGCGCGUCUAUAUGAAGAGCUCCAUUCUAUGCUGUUAGCUAUCAGGGAAAGACAGGGCGACUGGAAGAAUCUCUCAGCUGAAGCAACUAUUCUUGUUUCUGAUGGAAUCUCACUCCUGGAAAGGUAUUACGACUAUGUUAAAUGCAAUGAUAUAUACUAUAUUGCAAGCAUUCUAGACCCUCGAAUCAAGACUAAGUGGCUCAAAAUGUUACCAGAUGGAGAGAAGAUUAUUGUCCGAAUCAGGGCUUUUCUGAAGAAAGCAUAUCCUGCACAAAAAAAGCCUAUAUCGACUGCUCUUAGUGCAAAUUAUAAGAGCUUGGAAUAUCGUUUUCUAGAGGCAUUCCAGCCUACCCAGUAUAACAUUUCUGAGUCAGAUAUCGACCAAUAUUUUGAUACUCCUACGAUUAGUACUGGUUUUGAUCCAAACCAGAGUCAGACUGAGUUUAUAAGAAACUGGUGGAAGGCCAACAAGCUUGAAUUUCCUUGUAUGGCCAAGGUAGCACAAGAUCACCUUGCUAUACCAGCAGCAGAGGUAGAUGUAGAGAGAUUGUUCAAUGGCGGGAGAGAUAUAUUAGGAAUCCGACGCUUCUCUAUGAAUGGUAGGACUCUUGGGACUUUAUUAAGGCUGAAAGACGCUGCACGCUGGAAGUCUGAAUAG